AUGGGCCACUGGCAAAGCAACUGCAUCGCUGUAGUACCCAACAAACAGAGCCCACCCACCCAUAAACGAAUCCUCCACACACUUAACACCCGCAUUCGCAGGAUCAUAUCUCUCAACAUCAAAAUCAAUAGUCACAUAUGGAAGGCCUUGUUCGUAGAUAGAGCCUGUGGGAUCGUUGUUCGCGGAGCACGCUCAUCAGCACAUACUGAGUCACCAAUAGGAGAUCCUUCCCAGCAGCCACCAGAUGCUCCACGGUCUCACACGUCAGGUCUUUGGGACGCCACAGCUUGUUUUCCUCCGGAAAAUCAAUUUUCCGGCAGUCAACGAGACUCGGGGACAGAGGGUCCCCAAGGUCCCAAGACAUCUUACAAGCGAGAAAACCCCGAAACAGCCGACAUGAAACUGAGAGCAACACAGAGGUGUGCUAAACCAACCGACCAUAACAGGAUUAUGAAGCUAGAACAGAUCACUAGGAACUUCAACAUCCAAAACUAA